GCUCACCCUGCAACCUCCAGCUCCAGCUCCAUGCUAUCGACUAUCUCGUAGUCUAGGCAAACGCACUGUUGGGAGACGACCACGCUACCCCCUUGAGCCCCGACAAGUACUCGACAUCUUCCGAGUCGACUGCACCGGAGCUGGGCAGGUCAGAUACACACAUCCCUCUGCGACCAUUAUUCUCGAUUCUUCAUCAUGGCGAACCAAACGCCGGCCGUUGUCAUGGACAACGGUACCGGUUUUUCCAAGCUUGGUUUCGCCGGUAACGAUUCGCCCUCCUUCGUCUUUCCUACGGCCAUCGCAACGAAAGGCCCAGCCGCCGGUGGUGCUGGCUCAGGAUCAGGUCGACCAUCUGUUGCCAACAAGCCUUCCUUUUUGACCGGAGGCGCCGGAGCUGGCGGCCACUUGUCAGGAAAGCGAGGCACCGAGGACUUGGACUUUUUCAUCGGCGACGAGGCUAUCACAGCAGCAAAUGGACCUGGAUAUGGAUUACAUUACCCCAUCCGACAUGGUCAGAUUGAGAACUGGGAUCACAUGGAGCGUUUCUGGUCCAAUUCCAUCUUCAAGUACCUUCGAGUCGAACCCGAAGACCACCACUUCCUGCUUACUGAGCCUCCCCUCAACCCUCCCGAGAACCGUGAAAACACGGCCGAGAUCUUCUUCGAGUCCUUCAACUGCGCCGGUCUCUACAUCGCUGUUCAGGCAGUCCUCGCUCUCGCCGCCUCGUGGACGUCAUCCAAGGUGCAAGAUCGCUCCCUCACCGGAACAGUCAUCGACUCCGGUGAUGGUGUCACCCACGUCAUACCUGUCGCUGAGGGUUACGUAAUUGGUUCUUCGAUCAAGUCUAUUCCUAUUGCCGGUCGAGACAUCACGUAUUUCGUGCAAUCACUUCUGCGAGACCGUGGCGAGGCCGACAGCUCUUUGAAGACGGCGCAAGAGAUCAAGGAGGAAUACUGUUACGUUUGUCCCGAUAUCGUCAAGGAGUUCUCCCGCUUCGACCGUGACAGGAGUCGGUUCGCCAAGCAUGUCGUCACUCAGCCCGGCGGCCGCCAAGUUUCUGUCGAUGUCGGUUACGAGCGCUUCCUCGCCCCCGAGAUCUUCUUCAACCCCGAGAUCUACUCUUCCGAUUUCCUCACGCCGCUGCCUGUGGUCGUCGAUGGUGUCAUUCAGCAAAGUCCUAUCGAUGUGCGUCGUGGUCUGUACAAAAACAUUGUGCUUUCCGGAGGUAGCACCUUGUACAAGGACUUUGGCAGAAGGUUACAGAGAGAUAUCAAGCACUUGGUGGACGCAAGAAUCAAGGCCAGCGAGGUGCGCAGCGGUGGUGCCAAGAGCGGCGGCUUGGAUGUGCAGGUCAUCACACAUAAGCGACAACGGCAUGGUCCUUGGUUCGGUGGUAGCUUGUUGGGACAGACUCCAGAGUUCAAGUCAUACUGUCACACUAAGGCAGAGUACCAAGAGUAUGGACCAGGAAUCGUCAGAAGAUUCGCUCUGCUUGGCGGGCCUGGUGGCUCAUAAGCGUGAGCUUUCUGACACAGACUCGAAGAAGCUGCAUUGCGAGGAGGCCGCCUUGACAAAGAGCAAGAGGCGGUUUGGCGCAUCAAAAUGAAAUCAGAUUAUCAGCCAAUUCAUUGUUUGCAUGUGCUUCACCUUGCCUCUUUUGAUGAGUU